AUGGCACCAGGACGUAAGCAACUUGUUAGAAGGUCAUUAAUGCCAUUGGCCUUGAUGACCAACUUCUCAGCUUCUGCCUUUGUUUAUGCAUAUGCAUCAGGAAAUUGCCAAAAAAAGUGUGUGUUCUCAAAUAUUGAUCUUAACAAGCUACCACCAGAUUUGGAUGAAGAUUUCUUGGAUGCAUUUGGUUUGGAUUAUGUGACCGGCAACCCUACCUUCUGCACUCAAGUGCCUGCAAUUCCUGAAAUUCCUCAGCCUAAUGAUGAGCAUGCAAGGAUUGAGGACAGGAAUGAAGGCUCUACUGCUAAUCCUAUAGUUGCUGAUAAUGAAUUGAAUGGUGCUGGAAAUGAAGUAGCAGAAGAGGAGGAAGAGCAAAAGAGGAGGAUAGCGCACAAGAGGAAGAGGAUGAUCAAGGGGAGAAGAGGAAGAAGCUUGACAGAUUUUGUGAGACAAUACCAGAAAAUACAAGAGAAGUGUUUAGUAGCACAGGAUGGGCAAGACUUUAGGACUGAUGAGAAUGAGCGAAGACGAUGGUCAAGGCAUCCACUUGAGAAGCAUGCUUCCACUGUAUACACAAAGAAUAUGUUCUACAAGUUCUCCAAAGAGUUUGAGAAAACUACAGAAUAUGAUGUGAAGCCUGUAGGACCAUUCCAAUAUUGGGUGGAGCCCAAUAACAGCUUUGUUUAUGGGUAUGGAAAAAGGAACUACCUUGUUACCGCAAUAGAAGAGGAGGAAAGCUACUGUUGUGUAGUGGAUGGUCCAAGCUCAUCAAAUGUAGGGAACCCCCCAAAGUCAAAAGCCAAAGGGCAUAGGAAGGAGAAGGCACACAAAAAGGGGAUUAAUGGCCAAGCAAAGAGGAAGAAUGGGUGCAGCGUUUGUAGAUCAUAUGAUCACAAUGCACAGAGAUGUCUAGACAAGCCUGGAAGAGAAGUUCAAAAUCAAGAAACAAUUUAA